AUGACUGAACUCUGCUUUGUUCUUGUUGUUUUAAUUCCUGACAAAAUGUGCAUGAGAUGUCUCCGGUGUGUUCUCCUGGUUUGUUUCUCAGGAUUGCUGUAUGCCCAAAAUGUGGAACAGCAUUGUCCUGCUCCAAGCCUGGAUGGUGGUUAUUUUCUCCCAAAACAAGACACAUAUUAUAAUGAGUCAACAAUAAUAUAUGCCUGUGAGAACAGACUUAAACCAGCAGUGGAGGGUUGGUGGAGUACAAGUGCAUGUCAAAAUGGAAAAUGGAUUCCUGAACCACAAUGUAUCGAUGAAAAAGCCUGCGUUCCGCUGACAGUAACAAAUGCAAAAAACACUGAAAACUCAAACAGUUGGUUUAAGGAGGGAGAGAAAAUAAGGAUAACAUGUAUGGAGGGGUAUGAACUGAAAAACUGGGACGCCACAGCCGUUUGUUUGAAUGGAACCUGGUCCUCUGUGCCCAUCUGUGAGAGAAGCAAUCAGUCAUGCAGUGAACCCCCUAUAAUCCCACAUGCAGUCAUUGUAGGUCAGACAUAUCAAGAGCUAUUUGCUCUAGAUUCUAAAGUGAAUUAUGAAUGUGAAGAUGGAUAUGCUGUGGAGGGAGCAGAGAGCGAAAAAACAAUUGUCUGCAUAAAUGGAGGCUGGACUGCGGGCCCAACAUGCAUCAGAAAAACUAGACCUGGUACUGGACACGGACAGGGUGGAGCCACAGGGGGGAGACAUGAAGGAGACACUACAUUUGCUGGGAGAGCGCCGCGGCCUGUGGCUAUCAGAAACUGUGGAAGAUAUCCCCUGGUCCCUAAUGGUGAAGUGUUUGGAUAUACUGACUGGUUUUUAAAGUACAGUUGCAACAGUUUCUACAAACUGGAGGGUCAAAAGACAGUUAUGUGUUAUAGCGACGGCUCAUGGUCACGGGCACCCACCUGUAAAGUUGCCUUCUGUUCUGUGGACACUGAUCAAUAUCCUGAAUUAGUCGAUGUUGGACUCCAAUAUUUAAAAGAUGGUGAGAAGGUUGAAUUUGAAUGUGUGAAAAAGAGUCAUUGGUGGUUUGAUCAUUACUCCGUGGCCAAGUGCACUGAUGGAAUACUGAUGCAAAAGAAAUGUUGUAACAGGAUACAGUUAAAUACGAGGACUUGCAGUGGCUGCCUCACCAGAACGUGCUGAAUCUGGAUCUACUCUUAACUGGCUAGAAACAAAUGUCACCCUGAAUAAUAAAUGUUUUUAAUGGUGCAGUCACACACUGCAGGCUUCUCAUAUAAAGCUGUAAUUACAAACAUAAUGAAGAAACAAUUUUUACGUCAACAAAAUUAUUGGAUGAAUAUGUGUAUUGAGUGAACUGGCCUAGAUAAAGUCUUUCACUUUAAUUAUAAAGGGCCACAGAGCCUUGAUUUCACAAACAUCAGUGUUUUUUAAAGGUUUUAUUAACCGUUCUCACACAGUUUAAAAAAAAAAAAGCAGUUUCAGAAUGUGCAGAACUAUAUAUUUAAUUUCGUGCAAAUACCAAAUAACAAAUAUACAUCAUUAAAACAACCUGAAGAUGCAAGUAAUGUUUUUUCCUGUGUUGUCUGUUUUACAACUUUCACCUCACUAAAAACAGAUACUAUAAAAUAAAUCUGAAACCACAUAUUACAUGUAUUUUAAAUAAAGUUCAUGAACAUGUGCAGGUACCAUCUUUUGUAACAAAACUUAAAAGUUCUCGUGAGAUUUUGUAGGAACUAUUCUGCAAGGAUUCUUGAUUUCCAAUAAACGUAUCAUGUUUUACAAAUGUAUUUUGUGUACUUUAUCUGAACACAUGUAAAUCAGUGAUAGAC